CGACACUCGAAUAUUUUUUUACGGCAAAACAUGGCGCUGCACUGAUCACCUCCGUGAAGGAAUAGGGCCGUUGUCCUUUUUUCUCUCUCUUCGUUCUCAGAGAGUUCUGUAUAUCAUCGAAGUUUAGCAGCAGCUUUCCGCUGCGCUCAGGCAGAGUUAGUGACGAGCAGAAGACUUUUGUGAAAUGGCAGCACAAGGAGGCAUCACGUGCCUGGAGAAGGUCAGCAAGAUGUUGAGCAAACAGAACGGAAAACCACUAAUCAAACCCAACAAGCCGCUCGCUCUGAAAGAUUUUGUAGCUAACCGCAAAAUGAAGAAAGGAGAGGCCACCUGUAUUACAGAGAUGUCCGUCCUGAUGGCCUGUUGGAAGCAGAACAACUUUGUGGACGGUCUGUGCUCUAAUGAGAUUAGCUCUUUCUACACAUGUGUUGAGAAGGCUCAGGCUGCUGUGAAGAAGAACUCUGAACAAAAAAGCACGCAGGGAGGACCUCUAACCCCAAAACAAGCCACAACUCUGCUGAAGAGAUAUCCCAACCUGUGCACAGAGAUCUAGCAAACAAACAUUUUCAUGGAUAAGUUGCAAAGACUUGAAAUGGUGAAAAAGAAGCAAUUGGACUGAGUCUUGGAAGUGGGCGUCGUCAUUUAUUUUUUUUUAAGUAAAUACAUCAAGAUGUUAUUUCGUAUUGCUGCUUUAAUGGCACAGCCUUUGUAUUCACAACACACUGUGUUUGAAAUAUAACGUGACUUUCUCCUCGUGUCCUGAUUUGGCCCUGAUGAAAAUAAUGCCAUUUUGUCUCAAUCCAAUUUAGCAGAGUGGUCUCAUUCAGUGCAGAGAUGUUAUUAGUGGAUGUGAUGGAAUUAUUCUUCUUGGGUUUCAUGGCUCCUGGCCGGGAGCUUACCAUUAUCAGUGAACACUUAAAUGCGUCGUCAUUCCUAUGGAAGCUGAGAUUGAUGUUGAAAUAAAAUUUGCCUAUAAUCAGCCAGCUAUAGUUACAUAGAUUACCAGUAAGGCUAAACUCACUGUGGUUAAUAUGAAUAUUCCUGAAGGGAUUGAAACAGUUUUGCUUUAUCAAGUGUUUUAUCUCUCACAUCAUUCAUCAGUUUCUUUCUAACUAUGUCCCAUUUUCAUUUGACGCGCUCAUUCAAAGCUGUUUCUGAGACUGUACACAAUAAAGUAAUACUUAAUAUACAUGUAAA